UAAGUUAAUAAAAACACAUUUUAUCGUAGUAUAACGUAGAAUGAUUUCCUGACAUGUGUAUCGGUAAUUGAUGUAUCAACAUAUUGUGAGAGAAUCAGUUUUGUGAUCCUAUCGCAAAUCGUAUCGGGAGGUACCAUCCCGAUAGCACCUCAACGAUUAAUCGAGUUACAGUGGCGUUGGAAUGUUUUGUUUUGAAAGUGUUUGUAUUUUAUUGCAUUUUAUUGAUAUGGGCGGAAACACUGCCCUUUAGUGGCGACAGUGAAUGUGACACAACUCAUUUCACAUGGCUGAGUCCACCUGCUCCCUGUUAGGACCAAUAUAAGCUAAGUUUUUGUUUGAGCUAAUGUUUUUUUUAAUGUAUUUGUAAUUUAGUCCAUAGGUAUAUUUAGCCGUUUUUUGUGGGAAUAUGUGUUUAAACCAUUUGCUAAGAGCAUUGUUAAAAAAAAAAAAAAAAAAAGUUAACAUUUUAUAGCAUUUAAGCUAGCAAACUUUUGCUAUGUAAGUUAGCCAAUUGAUCUUUUGUUGUACUUAGAUCCUUGUUUAUUUAUUUAUUUUUUAUACCGUUUGAGACUCCGCGCAGGUAUUUUAAUGUAUGUUACUUAUCCGAUUACUCGAUUAUUCGAACUAACUAGUCCAUCGAUUAAUCAACCACUAAAAUAAUCGAGAGCUGAAGCCCUACACCCCGAAUACUCGGUAUUGGCAGAUCUUAUUAGGUGACUCGGACUUAAAACCGGCUGCUGGUAUAUAUGAUCGGGACAAUGCUAGUUAUAAUAUCGUUAAUAAUUUUUUAACGAAAUGUAUUGUCUGUGUUAAGUGUGAAAUAUGUGUUGCUAUUCACAAUUGUCUCACAUGCAUUACUCGCGCACGGUAGGCCAAGAUAGGGACAUCUUGAGGUCUAUUGGUGGUACUACUACGGAAUAUGGAAUCCCUAGCAAUGUUGAAAGUUAGCGCAACUUUGGGCCUAUCUGCUGGCCAAAAUGUGCAUUGCAGCAACAGGUCAAUUUACAGCGAUGAUAGUUUUUUUUAAUCGUUUUGGCGAUAUUUAUUGUCAUAUUGUGCAGCACUUGGUGAGAGUGUUGAAAUGUCGGUGAACUCAUUGUACAGUCAGUCAGUCGAGCGUGCCGUGGGAGUGUUUAAUGAUUAAUAGACGGAAAUAAAUCACUGUCAAGUAUUGCAGGGUGGCCUCGCUCGCCGCAGAACAUCCGACGAGGCUCACAAACGCACAACAGCCAUAGAUUACUUAAUGACGCUCAUGAUUACGUGAAUAGUCAUGCUGCUGAAACCUGGACAUGACUUCAGGGCUGCCAUUUUAGGAAGCGUGGUUGACAGGAGGACCGUUAAUGUCCCGCGGCGCCUGCUCGGCCGCCGCCCCGCCCACUCCGAUGGCCGGGAGUUGACGCCGCCCACCGCCGCGAUGCUGCGCGAGCGGCUGAGGGAGAAGAUCUCGGCGGCUUUCUACCGCCACGGACUGUUGUGCGCAACCUACCCGGUGCCCAUCAUCCUCUUCACCUCAGUCAGCAUCCUCACCUGCUGCUAUCCGCUACUUAGGCUUCCCCUGCCCGGGACGGGUCCCGUAGAGUUCAGCACCAAUGUGCGAGACUACAGUGUUCCCAGCCACGAACUUGAUGGAGACCUUGGAGAACAGCCUGACUGGUACCAGGGACCGCCGGUGGCCUACAUUCAGCAAGUGUUGGUGAAGGCGGCGGUGUCGCCGUGGGACAGCAGCCUGGUGCCGGUGGACGUGUUUCGCUCGCCGCUGGGGCGAGUCUUCGCCCUGCUGGACGACAUCCGCAACCACGUCCACGGCGACAGCGGGUCUGGGCUUCGCAGUCUGGAGUCGCUGUGUUUGAGGGUGGCGGACCUGUUGCCGAGUUUGCGGCGAAUGCGGUCGGUGCUGCCGGAGCACGGAUGCCUGCUGGUGUCGCCCGGCAACUAUUGGAAGAACCAACGCGAGCUCUUCGACGCCGAUCCCGACCCGUUAAAGAGCAUCCAGAAGCACGAGCCUAAAGGACUGCACACUUCGGCGACGCUCAGAGACCUGUUGUUUGGAGUUCCAGGAAAGCUCACGGGCGUGAGUCACUACAAUAAGAAGAGGGUAGUGACGUACACUAUCAGCAUGGUGCUUUCCAGCUACGACGCAAGGUUCCUGGGAAGCCUCCGCGCUCGUCUGAAGCAGCUACACCCAUCCACCAACUGCAGCCUGAAGAACGAGCGCAUGGUCCACGUGCACUUCAAGGAGGAGAUCGGCGUGGCCGAGCUCAUCCCGCUGGUCACCACGUACAUCAUCCUCUUCGCUUACAUCUACUUCUCCACACGUAAGAUCGACAUGGUGAAAUCCAAAUGGGGUCUGGCUCUGGCCGCCGUAGUCACCGUACUGAGCUCGCUGCUCAUGUCCGUCGGCCUGUGCACGCUUUUUGGCCUCACGCCCACUCUGAACGGAGGGGAGAUCUUUCCGUACCUGGUGGUCGUGAUUGGUGUGGAGAAUGUCCUGGUCCUCACUCAAUCUGUGGUGUCUACGCCUGUAGAUCUGGAGGUUAAGAUCCGUAUUGCUCAGGGCUUGAGUAACGAGAGCUGGUCCAUCAUGAAGAACAUGGCCACCGAGCUGUGCAUCAUCCUCAUUGGCUACUUCACGCUCGUGCCGGCCAUCCAGGAGUUCUGUCUAUUCGCCGUGGUGGGCCUAGUGUCAGACUUCUUCCUGCAGAUGUUCUUCUUCACCACCGUGCUGUCCAUAGACAUCCGCCGCAUGGAGCUGGUGGACCUCCACGGACACAUGCGGACUGAGGAGAGUCUAGCCACAACCAAGCCCCCUCCUAUGCGCACUCGGACCCCGCGACCUCCUCCGCGGCCCCUUCCUCACACCAUCACCCUGCAGACCCCUGCGAGGAACCUGAGACCCCCCAAGAGGCUCCGGCUUGUCUACUUCCUGGCUCGUACGCGCCUGGCUCAACGAAUAAUUAUGGUCAGCACAGUGAUCUGGAUUGGCAUUCUGGUCUACACCGACCCGGCCGGAGUGCGCACCUAUCUCGCCGCGCAGGUGUCGGAGCAAAGUCCCCUGGGAGAGGAUGGGGGUGGAGGCUUGAACCCUCACCUGGAAGUGGGGCCCGUCAUCCGCGGAGGAGACCCAACCAGCACCCUCACAGACCGCUUAACUCCGGACCCGACGCCUCUACCUGACAGCCAAGCACAGGGACCCCCCGGCGCUAAAGCUAAACCCCAGUCCCCACCGGCAGUACCCCAAAUCACCUGGGGGCCAGAAGACGAGGAAGGAUGGAGGCGUCUCUCCUUCAGACACUGGCCUUCACUCUUCAGCUACUACAACAUCACUUUAGCCAAGAAGUACAUCAGCAUUUUGCCCGUGAUUCCCGUCACCAUUCACCUGAGCCCCCAGGAAGCCAUCGAUGGGCGCCACCCUCAGGACACCAAGUUUACUUUUCCUCCCAUUCCCAAGGUGGCGGCAGAUCUCCAGACGGACUUGACGCUCUAUAAGGUGGCCGCUCUGGGCCUGGCGGCCGGCGUCCUGCUGGUCCUGCUUCUCCUGUGUCUCUAUCGACUUCUUUGCUCGCGGAACUACGGCCAGAACCCCGGGCGUCGGCGCCGAGUGGAUCGGCCGUGCGACGGCUACGGAUACUUUCCGCCCGUCAGCGAGAUCUCGCCUCUCUUGCUGCGGGGCCACGGCAUGGACAUCGAAUGUCUGGCGAGUGACGGAAUGCUGCUGGCCAGCUGCUGCCUGGCCGGACAGAUUCGGGUUUGGGACGCUCAAACGGGAGAUUGCCUGACCGUCAUCCCCAAGCACGGGCCGAGGCGGGGCAGUGUUCGCCGGGUAAACUCUGGCUCCGAGGAUCCCGACGCCUUUCUGAGCGGCGACAGCCCGUCCGAGGAAGAAGACAACCAAAUGAGGCGUCGCCCCGCCCGCCGGCCUCUCUUCAAAGACCAACCGGACCUAACGUCCCUCAUCGAUACAAACUUCACCUCCGCGCAGUCCUGUGCACGGGAUGCCCGGCCCACCCGGCAGGGUUUCGACUUCGGCGACGGGGUAGCCCACGCCUACACGGCGCACAAACCACCCUCGCCGUCAAGUAUCGUCUCUCCCUCGCCUCCGCCGCCCGCUAGCGCGCCGCCCCGAACCCAGCCCGGCUUCGGGGACGAGUGUGAGGCGGUGCCCCCCGAUUUGGACGCGGGUUCGGUGUGGGCGUUGGAGCUCAGAGGGAACCUCAUCGUCGCCGGGCGGAGCAACGGAAAACUGGAGCUUUGGGACGCCUUGGAAGGCCGAUUGCGAUGCAGUAGCGAGGGUGUAGGAGCGUCCGGCAUCACGGCGUUAGCCUUCCUCAACAACAGAAUCGUGGCGGCGCGUCUCAAUGGCUCUCUGGACUUCUUCAGCGUGGAUCUGCUUCAGUAUCGAGGGACCCCCGGCAGCGUCCCUAUGUCGCCCUGCUACAGCAGCGACGAUGCCAUCAGCUGCCAGCUGACGCGCUCGGUGCAGUGCGCCCACCAGAAGCCCAUCACGGUUCUGAAGGCCGCUGCCGGCAGGGUGGUCACCGGGAGCCACGACCAAACCGUGCGGAUUUAUCGACUGGAGGACUCGUGCUGCCUCUUCACGCUGCAGGGACACGCGGCAGGCAUCACCGCUGUCUACAUUGAUGAGACGAUGGUCCUGGCGAGCGGCGGGCAGGACGGCGCCAUCUGCCUGUGGGACGUGCUGACGGGCAACCGCGUCAGCCACGUUUACGGUCACCGCGGCGACGUCACCUCGCUGGUGUGCACGCCGCUUUGCAUCAUCAGCUCGGGUUUGGAUGACCUCAUUUGCGUGUGGGACAGGAGUACUGGUAUCAAACUAUACCGAAUACAGCAGGAGGCCGGCUGCGGUUCCAGUCUGGGGGUGAUUUCCGACUCGCUGCUCGUAACGGGCGGUCUGGGCUGCGUCUCUUUCUGGGACCUGAACUACGGAGACCUGAUCCAGACGGUCUACUUGGGCCCCAGUAGCGACGGUCAGGGUGUGAGGCAGCUCCUGGUCCUCAACAACGCCGCUAUCGUUUGCGACUUUGGCAGCGAGCUCAGUCUGGUCUUCGUGCCGUCGGUUCUGGAGAAACUAGACUGACGCGGAGUGGUAAUCUCGACGUGGUUACGGACACAUCCGUUAUUUAUUGGAGGUACUUAUGUUUAUGAAGAAAUACUACAUGAACAUAUUGUUUACGUUGCGAGAUACGGAAGACAUUUUGGUUUACAUAUCUACAAAGUUGCACGUGCUAGGAAAGACAUUGGAAAGCCUGGUGCACUUAACCCUUUAUAGGGCAAUUUUUGGUUCUUGAAAAAGAAAAAAAAACUUAACCCCUUAAUGCCUUAAUUUACUUUGAACAAAUAUACAUAUUGUACAUACAGUACCUAUACAUAUACAGGUAGUCCACGGGUUACGACACUGGUGUCUUGUCCACUUUUUUGUUUCGUUUUUUUUUCUGUUCUUUUUGUUGCAUAAAAAGUACAUUAUUGUACCUCACCGUAUCUUAUUUUUUACUUUAUUAAUCUGACGUGUUCUUCCGUCACUAAACGUGAAGUUGUUCAGCUUGACAAUUUGUAAAGCUGUAACACACAUAUGUACACUUAUGUUCAAAACGACACGCAUUUUAACAUUGAAACACUUGACACAAAACAGUUGGUGUUCAAACAUCCAUCUAGUCUGAUCAAUAUUUAAAUUUAGUGAUUAAAUUAGCCUAAUUUGCCUAAGAAAAGUCAGCUAUCUUAAAUGCUACGAAUGCUAAUGUAUUUACAAUUCUAAUAGCAAAUUGCUCACACGUAACGCCACAAACUGUAGCUCUAAAUUUGAAUUACAAAUGCAUAUACCAACUUAUAUUAAGUGAAACAACUUACAGCCUUACAGUGGGGCAAAUAAGUAUUUAGUCAACCACUAAUUGUGCAAGUUCUCCCACUUGAAAAUA